AUGAAUAUUAGAGAGUUUACUUUUAUUAUAUUUCUAAUGUUCAAUUUCAGUUAUGCUAAAAAUCAUGUUGCUGUUAGUAUCAGUAAUUUGCCUGAGGACAUUGUUUAUAAUAAAACUUAUUUUGAUAUUAUUGAUUAUACUUUUAAAAAACUUGGUGUUUCUGUUACAUUACAUGCUUAUCACCCAGACCCAAAUAAUAUUUCUACAGUUCAUACCAUUCAUGACCAGAUGAUGAAGGAUGGAACAAAUUAUGCAAUCAUUGGAGAUACUAUUACUUCCACAACAAGUGAAUUAAUUAUAUGUCAAGAUUCUUAUGUAUUCAAGCAAAAAGGUCAAGAAAUACCAAUCAUCAGUAAUUCAGCAACUUCAGAUACUCUUUCUAAUAAAGAUGAUUAUCCUAAUUUUAUGAGAACAAUUCCAGUUGACUCAGCAUCAUAUCAAUCAAUUAUUGAAUUUAUUCAUUCCUUUAAAAAGAAAAAAGUUGCAAUGAUUUAUACAAAUGACCCAAGUGGAAAUUCAGGAUAUUUUAGAGUAAAUAAAUUAUGUAAUCAAAAGAAUAUUGCACUUCUUGGUAUUCAAUAUGGUGAAAAUAUGCCAGACAUGGGAAAUUUAGAUGGUAUUGAUACAAUUAUUAGCAAUAUGUAUAUGGAAGAAUUAUUUGAUACAUGGAAACGUUUUCCAGAAGUACUAGAAACAAAAAUGUGGGUAUUACCAGAUGCUGCAAUGGUUAUUAGUGAAGCAGAUUUUGAGUUAAAUGGAUUUAAAGAAGUAUUAAAUAACAAAACAAAUGUUGUUAUUGCAAGUCUCUUUUCUGAAAGUAAUGAUAUCUCUAAAGAAUUUAAGGCAAUUAAAAAAGACAAAAAGUCAUUUAAUUCUUUAAAUGAAAGUAGAAUCAAAUUAACAUUAAUUAGAGAAUCAAAAUUUGGAAGUCCUUUACCACCUCUUGGAAAAGGAUAUUAUGACGUCGUUGUUUCACUUGUUGAAGGUUGGAAAAAGUGUGGAAAUACUUAUAAUUUUACUAAAUUUAUUAGUUCAAAAUUCACAGGUGCAACAGGUAAAGUCUUAUUCGAUUCAAAUGGAGAUAGAAUUGGAGUGAUGGGAAUAAGUCGGUUAUUACUUGGUAAUAAUGGGUAUCCUGUUAUUGCACAAUUUGAGGAUAAUACCAUUCGAUUUGUCUCAAAUUGGCAGUCUUUCAUGAUAGGUUAUACUGAGUCUGAUAUUCAAAAUUCUUCAACAAGACUAUUAAUGCUUUUUAUUACAUUUUAUCUUUUUAUAUUGUGA